AACACUGCAAUUUUCUUCAUUAACCGCCAGGGAAUAUUUCUGCUGUAUCCAGUGUGCACGACGUCAGUAGAAGUGUUUAAGUGUUCUUUGCAGCUGGCAGCAGAUUUCAGGAUGAAAAAUGCGGUGAUCAUAAUGUUUCUUUCUUGGAAUGUAAUCUCGCACGUGGUUUUCACUUUGGACAGUUUGCCCCCUUGUUCUAGUGGAUCGUCUCUUUUAGGCUUAGAUAAGUGGAAUAGCAAAUUCCUUCGCUGCUGCGAAGCUUCAGGUGACUGCCAUGGCUAUGCCUCUGAUGUCGUUACACUUAAAGUGGUUGACUCAUUACAAAAGUUAUUGAACACUACACUACCCAUUCCAAGGUCAAGAUUCAAAAGGCACUUUAAUUCCACUCAACCUGCAGAAGAGCACCAAAGGGAAACUAGACAAGAACAUAUUCAUUCUGACCAUGCUAGUGCUAAAGUUGACUCUCCUUCCAGCCCGUGCUGUCGUAGUACAAUUUCAGUCUUGUAUCCCAUCACUGGCAUUUCUGCCACCUCAAAGAAACGCGUGGCCAUCGUCCAGAUCAGACCUUUCAAACAACCAGUGGUGUAUGAUCGAUGCCACGAAAGAAAAUGCCGCAUUUUACGUGGCAACUGCGUUCAAGUUUAUGCACCCCAGCCGUUGUAUAUUCUAACAACAGAGGGUGGCGAAUUGGCUGCCAAACUCGAUUUCAUUCUGAUCGAAGCUGGCUGUCAGUGUCAGUCACGUCCCUUGGGCGAGAGCUCGAUCUCCGGUACAAUGGGGGUGGAUGCGACAGUGCCCGAAGCAUUACGUAUUAUCACAGGUGGUGACUUUGACGAAGAUUAUUUGACCAUGUUGGCGGCCAUCGAUGCAGCAUCUGCAAUUGCCGGGACCAAUCAAGCGACAACUCGUCCUGCAGUCACUGUCACUACUACAUCCAAUUUAGAUGCUCCGAUUAUCGAUCCGCAAGAAGUUGGCAACACUACUACCGCCAUUCACAGUACUACUCACCUCGUCAGUUCGCAGACAGAGAUUAUAACAAGCCCAUCCUCCCUUGAGUCGAGCCACCAUCUUAGCAGCGAGAAUGAGGUCACGUCUCCUUCACCUUCCGAAUUAAUAACUACUACUGCAUUACCCUUGCCCCAGCUACCAGAUCACGGCCAUCCUAUCGUGAUCCUUCCUGGUGAAUUUAAUCCGCUAUUACUCUUGCUCGAAAAUUUCCCAAAUAAUUAGGUGCCAUGAAGAAAACGGAAAUCAAGACAAUUUAUCAGAAUAAAAGGCAGAAAUUGUUAUUUGCA